CGGGGUAGGAUUUAGCCUCGCGGGGGGCUCCCCUCCCUGGUGCAUAUUUAUAUAAUAAGCUUUUCACUUGUUAUUUUAUCGGAAGCAGAGCAGCGUCUAGGCCUACGGUCAGAUUAGUCGAACACUGAAGAAACCACUCGACGAGCAAAAGCGUCAAACUUGUGUUCUUUUGCGAUUGGGAGCAAAUCGUCCAGUAUGCAUUUGUUUCCAACGGAUCACGACCUCACAGCCUGAAACUGAUUGGUAAGAGAUUAAGCAGCUUGAGAAAUCGGUGAUGUAAGUAGAAAGAAUGAAGGAGUGGCUGGCUCUUGAAUUUUUUGCAUUUACAUUCAGCUCCAAGGGCUUUCGCACUUGGAAACUGACAAUGUAAUGAUCUCGCGAUCAGUGACAGGCUCUUUUCCUAUUUGCGGAAAAGCUCCUCAAGAGCAUCGCAUAGACAUUGUGCUAUGAGAUGUUUGAGUCGCUUGCACUUAUUCGACUAUACCUGUAUGAUAAAUCCUUAUCUUCUGAAAAAAGGAGCCCUCAGCAUCGCUCUCAUCUUAGCAGAGCAGAAAGCAGUGCAGCUCGGGAGAGCAGAAGAGGCACAGUUGCACAGAAAAAAGAGUCCUUGGCAGGGCCUCAAAAAGAAUGGCAAGCAAAUUGAGCUGAAGAAGUUGUGAACUCUCACACAAAGUGCGCGCAUCGGAAAGCACGCAAGGUCCUGCACAUACCCUCUUGAAAUUCAUCUCGAUACUCAAGUAGCAACUGGAUUUUGGUGCCUGACCAGCAACACUAAGAAAUCACCAAUAGAAAACUUUGAUAGUCGCCGCUACCUAAAAAGGCCUUCUCGUCGCAAGGCCAAGAAAUUAUAAUAUCUUGCUCCCUCACAGGAUGACCAGUAAGCCUGCGGUUGAUGACCUUGGCCUUGGCGUAUCCCCUGUAGGAGCCAAGAUGAGUGCAUCACCAACGAGACGCAGCUUGAGCGCGAUCCAAAGAUCAAGCAUCCCGGAGGCGCUCACGCCUUGGUCACGGACGCAGUUAACGAACGGGAGCAAGCUUGUGGAGGUCUGUGUACACUGUGGCACAGGCUUCUCCAAAUCUAGCUUCUCAAAGGUAAAGUGAUACCUUCACCUUUUUGCUGAUGAUUUCGCUUACUGAAGAUAGUACGAAUAUAAACAACAUUGUAGCACUAAUGUGAAAAGCGCUCAUAUCAUAGCUGAAGUGAUAGUUUCUGUUGGGAUACUGUUCACUUCACCUCCCUCUCACAGUGGAUAAAGCCCGAUCAAGUGCGACUUGCUAUGCAGAGGAUGAGUGAAGCCCUGCACUCGUGUGACACCCUUUCAGGAGACAGCUCGGUCGUGACAGAGAAGGCAGGCCUACCUGAAGAAUAGAGAAAGUAUCGAGAAGUCUUUGUUUGGAGAGCGGCCCCUCAGGUGUUUUUUCUCUACCUCUCCUCUUACCUAAUAAGUAUCAAUGAACUUAAUAGCCCAAACAAACAAAACUUUCGACAUGCCUCAAAUACAACUCUCCACACAAUCUAUAGCCAUGUUAAUCCUAUCAUUACAAAGAUCAUCCUCCACUAAACUAAACAACCUCUCUCCUCCCUUACUACUGAAAGAUGUCCCCCCAGUAUGCUGACCAAACCACGGCCAGUGCGGCCGGCCAAACAUUCGAAGAUUAUCAAAUCGAGAAUCCAUCGCACACACCCUCACCGCCGGCUUCCGCGGUGCAGAGCCCUAGGCCCUCUCUAUGCGAGGUCAAAGCAACGGUCACGCUAAAAGUCGUGCUUCACGAUGGCACACAGUGUAAGCUGACGAAACUGGAUGUGAAUGAAGACGAUGCUAAGAGUCUCUUGAGAAGUCUUGGCGCUGUCUUCUAACCAGCGUCCCAGCCUUCACUUGCAACCACAUGCACUAUACCUAAACAUGAGGCGUCGUACGGAACUCAUCUGCACAGCCAUUAAUCCAAACAAUUAUCGCAAGAUUAUGACCUUUACAAAGAAAACUGUCUUCAAAUAAUAAGAGCUGUUGCGUUACUUCUCCUUGAACCAAUACGACGUUUGCCUGCCCAGAGAUGUGUUCGCUGGUCGAGAAUUUUCGUGUUUUAAAAGGAGUCUUCUUCAACGCAAGAAGCUUACAAGCAGACUGAGCAUGGUGAUACACAAACUCAAAGACGCAGUAAACAGUGUUGGUCUCAUCUCUGGAAGCAUGAAAGCUGAGUCAUCUAAAAGCCACAGCCUCUAAAUCUAAAGUGCUCUAGUAACCAGUAGAGGUGUGCCUGCUCCCAUUACGAACUGAGUAACAUACCUAGUUCCAGUCAAAGUGGCGCCCUUUGGUGGUAUGCCGCAGCUCCUGGCAGAUCAGUGGUGGAAAAUCAAGAAGGUUUGCCUGCAGCUCCUUGUGGAAUUUCUGAGCAUGCAGUGUCUGUUCCUGGCGGUGAAGACAGACCUGACAGCAGCAACCCAGAUGGCACUCUGCUUGGUGCUCAUCGCGCAAGUCCAGCAGGCCUCCUACUGGUGCCACAGAGCAGCAAGAAGUCUGGAAUCUGCAGCAGAAACCAAAGAAGCAGCCAUGCUUCUUAAACACGACUCUGACCCUAAGACUCAGAAAGGUAAUAGUAAGGUCCAAUGCCUUGGCCUUUGUUAAGUAACAUGAGAUGGCUUGACCUCUCUACAAUAUACAAAACAUCUAAGGCGCAUCAUCCUCCUGCUAUAUAAAACGAUUUCCUGUCUGAGCUAAUCUGUAGGAGGAUGUUGCAAAUAUUGAACUGCCUCUCACUCAACUAUUACAGUGCUCCUCUCAUAAUACUUCUACAGCUGUUUACCUUGCCCAGAGAUGCCGUUUCUUGGGAGACAAGUGAAGAAAUAUCUGAAGCUGUUAAUCAGAAGGGAUGCUGCGACUCUGGUUCUUUGCUGGUGCUUUGCGUAGAAGUUGUGACUGUUGGCAACUGUCCGAAGAACCGUUAGCCUAACUGCAUCUUUCUUACACACUACCUUGAGCACUUAUGUGCUGUGAACUCUCAAUGCCAACGGCAUAAGACGACGCAUGAAACAACGACUCCAUUCUGGUAAAGACUCAUCUUUCACAGUAAUAAGACCAAUGUCAAGCCUUUACGUGAGGGCACUGAAGAGAGUUGAACGGUAGAUAAACAUAAUCCCUCAGUCAGUACCUGUAAACAGGCUAAUAAAGCGC